GCCCGCGCGACAUCACGUUUCCCGCCCAACGAAAAACCGCGAACUGUCACCUGUCAAUUUUUAUUUAAAAGUGCGUGCAGCCAGUGACACUUAUUUAUUAUUUUAUUUUUUUAAUUUAAUUUAAACUUUGUAAUUUGUGUACGUAUGUCAUGAUUGUGAAUUAUGUGAAACUGUUGUGAUUUCAAAAGGAUAUUUGUAUCUAACAGUUAAGUUAUUGCUAUGGGGAAUUUCGAUCGGAGACCGUCCCUUUCAAAAAUGGGAAACACAACAUGGCUGGCUUUAAUAGCGGCCGUCUUCGCAUUUGCCACACCAGCGCUCUCUAGUUCACCACGCGUGGUCUGCUACUACACAAACUGGUCGGUUUACCGGCCGGGCACAGCCAAGUUCAACCCGCAGAACAUCAACCCCUACCUUUGCACGCAUCUUGUGUACGCGUUCGGAGGAUUCACUAAGGACAACACAUUGAAGCCGUUUGAUAAGUACCAGGAUAUUGAAAAAGGUGGUUACGCCAAAUUCACUGGUUUGAAAACGUAUAACAAGAAUUUGAAGACAAUUCUCGCGAUUGGUGGUUGGAAUGAAGGUUCCUCCAGAUUUUCACCAAUGGUCGCUUCCAAGGAUAGGAGGAAGGAAUUCGUAAGGAAUGUUAUAAAGUUCUUAAGACAAAACCACUUCGACGGUCUCGACCUGGAUUGGGAGUACCCAGCAUUCCGUGAUGGUGGCAAGCCUAAAGAUAGAGAGAACUACGCUAAACUCGUGAAAGAGUUGCGAGAGGAGUUCGAAAGAGAAUCGGAAAAGACUGGGAAGCCGCGUCUCUUACUGACCAUGGCGGUGCCAGCUGGUAUAGAAUAUAUUGAGAAGGGAUUUGACGUCAGGACUUUGAACAAAUACUUGGACUGGAUGAAUCUUCUCACAUACGACUACCACUCAGCAUUCGAACCGGCGGUCAACCACCACGCACCACUCUACCCUCUUGAAGAGCCUAAUGAAUACAGUGUGGAUAACGAACUUAAUAUUGACUACACAAUAAAGUUUUACCUGGAAAACGGAGCAGACCGGGAUAAGCUCGUCCUGGGUAUCCCCACAUACGGUCGUUCGUACACUUUGUUCAACCCGGACGCGGUGGAGAUCGGUUCCCCGGCUGAUGGGCCCGGGGAACAGGGGGAAGCGACCCGGGAAAAAGGAUACUUGGCUUUUUAUGAGAUCUGCGAAGCGCUAAAAGCCAAAAGCAAGAAGCGGGCCAUAGAUUCUGACGAAGACUCUGAAGACUCUGAAGAGGAAGAAGACGAAGAAUGGACAGUUAUGUAUCCCAACAAAGAUGCUAUGGGUCCAGUAGCUUAUAAGGGCAAUCAGUGGGUUGGUUACGAUGAUAUCGAUAUUGUCAAGAAGAAGGGAGAAUAUGUCGCUGAGAAUGGACUUGGAGGUAUAAUGUUCUGGGCUAUCGAUAACGACGACUUCCGAGGCUCUUGUUACGGCAAACCUUACCCGCUUAUUGAAGCUGCGAAGGAAUCUUAUAUCGCUAAGUUAGGUUCAACCCAAAACACAGUGACAGAAUCUUCCAGGCCUUCAUCAUCAGGGUCCAGGAGGAGGAGACCAAAGCCUCGCUCUUCCACCACCACUACCACUCCCAAACCAUCUUCUAAGAGUAGGCCAAAGACAUCAGUUCAAACUUCGACUCCCGCGUGGAACAUCAUCACACCAGAACCUCCCACCACUCCGGAUCCCGGAUCCGACUUCAAGUGCACAGACGAGGGUUUCUUCCCGCACCCGCGCGAUUGCAAGAAGUACUUCUGGUGUCUCGACUCCGGACCUUCCGACCUCGGCAUUGUGGCACAUCAGUUUACUUGUCCUUCUGGCCUCUACUUCAACAAAGCAGCCGAUUCCUGUGACUUUGCCCGCAACGUUCUAUGUAAAAAACCCGCCGCGACCACAAAAGCGCCCACAAAAGCGCCCACGAAUGCGCCCACGACCACGACCGUGACCACGACCACGACCAAGCGACCGGUCCGACUCACGUCUAAGAGCUCCGUGCUGUUCAGGACUUCUACUACUACUCAAGAACCUGAGCUAAGUGAAGAAGAAGAAGAGGAAUUCUCUGAUGAAGAAGCGGAUGACGCUAGUGACGUGGAAGCUGAAGAUCCCAAGGUUAUCAAGGAACUGAUCGAUCUUAUUAAGAAAGUUGGUGGUGUAGAACAACUGGAAAAACAUCUGCACCUAUCAGAGUCAGGAGCAAGUCCGCCCGGCGUGGUCACAACAACACCUUCCAACUUCAACAAGAAGUUGUACCAGAAGGUUCUGGAACGUGCUAGAGGACAGAGCAAAUACAACAACAACAAUAUACCAACAAAUAGUGUUCAGAACAGUCGACGCGGACCACAGAACGCGGGGCUACCACCCUCGACCGAUACUGAUAAAACUUAUAGAAAGGAUAGGCCACAGUACGUAACAAUAAACCGCGCCAGACAGUCCACAACACCAGAACCAGACAGUUUAGAACAAGAGGAAUCAGACGAGCUCCAGGAUCCGAUAGAGACCAGUUCGGAGACCAGUUCCAGACAGAAUAACUUCAGGGGGCGGGAGAACUUGGAGACCAGCUCCAUCUCCAGGGGAACUGCUAAACCGCUGCAGUAUGUGAAUAUUAGAAGAACCAGACCGACGACACAGAGUGAUGAUGUACCUGCUAGAAACGCCUUAUUCGACCGCGACCCGUUCGUAGCAGUGGCAGAAUCUACCGGAUCUCUUGACAUAAGCUCUCGGCGGGAGACCACUCCCGAGUAUGUGACCAUCAGACGCACCAGACCCACUACGGAGGAGACCUCUACUGUGCCAUACCAACAAUCCGACGAGGAAGAGUCGCAAGAAUCAAUACUUGAAAGAGAAAUCUCUUCCCCAGCACCUCAAACACAAUACUCUUCGAUAAUCCGAACUCGAUCCACGACUUUCUCACCACCAGAAGAAAUAAAUACUCCAGAACCAACAACCGUUCUAUCCGUUCAAAUAUCUUCACUAUUGAACUCUCCAAACCCCACUGAAACUGAAGUACCAGUUCAAACAACAGAACCCGAAGUUACAACAACAACACAACCAACAACAACUCCAACAACAGCAGUUCCAACAACUCGACGUAACGUAUUACGUCGUCGCGGUUCAACAACACCAACAACAACAGUGGCGACAACAACUCAGGUAAGCUCUAGGAAUUACUCAUUUAUCCGCCGCCGUAGACCGUUAUCACAACCCAACGAUAUAUCUGAGUCGCAGGAAGUUAACGAAAUUAGUAGGAAAAUUAGAUCGACUACACCAGAUAGUCGGGAAACUGAAAAACCUAGUCCGCGUAAUGUUCAAAUUAGGAGAUUCCGUAGUAGGUUCCAAACGACAAGUGAUGAUUCUAUCCCAGCGGCAGCAGCUCAAGUACCGAGGGGUGAUUUUAGACCACAAUUAACUAAAGAUGAAGUUCUAUCUCUUACACCUAUUGACGUAGAGGAGAAAGAAAUUCUAGAUGAUGAAGAUUCAGAAGAAGAUGACCAGAAAGAUGUGAGUCCACGCGGUCGUGCAACUACUAUUGCUGAAAAGGCAGAAGACAGUGAAUUUUCCGCAGCCACCAUUGACGAGAGAAGGCCUAUUAUUUUAUCAAGAGGUCGUGGUAGAUAUGGAAGUACCACAGAAUCACUUAAACAGGCUGUAACUGAAGCACCACAAAGACGCCCAACGUUGACAAGAUUUACUCCUAGACCUUUUGGUAGGCCAGUGACGAAUUCUCCCUCAACCGAAAACCCGAAUGAUUCGAACAAUGCUCAAACUGAAAGAACAAGAAACCGUGCCCGCUUAUCUUUUACACGCCCAAGAAUCGGAGCACCUUCUAACUCUCCAGUGAUACAAGCACGGAAACUGCCUUUCCCUUCCCGAGGUUCAACUACAACUACACCAAUACCGAUACCGGAUAAAAAUGAAGACGAAUUAGAAAGUCAAGAUGAUAUAGCUCUCUCUGAAAGUGCUAUAGAGGAAAAAGAACACGACGAAGAGUACGAUGAACCAAUCGAAACAACUAAAGCUCCUAUCAGACAACGUGUAACGAUUAAAAAGUACCAAAACCCCGACAGCGGGCUUAUUAAUGAAUCUAUAAUUGACGAAACUGGUAAAAGAAAAUUCAGAGUCAUUCGUAGACGACCAACCACUACGGCUAAAAUUGAAACAACAGAACCAGCCACAACACCACAAACAAGAAUACGUAAAAUUAUAAGGAAAAAAAUUAAACCUAUUGAAGAAGAGGAGAUAAGACCUACGAAUGUACCGAUAAUAAAUGCUGGUUUUAAAGACGUUCCAGCGGAAGUAACAAACUAUGGAGAAAGAACAAAAUCUACAUCUACAGCAUUACCUGAGACAACAACAGAAAAUGAUGAUUAUAUCACAGACACUAUUUUAACAGCAUUUAAGAAUACUUUUGAUUUGGUUAAGCUAAAGGCAAGUGACGAUGAUAAAAGUGAUGACGAAGAUAAGAAAAAUAACACCAACACAGAAAAUAAUGAUGAUGAUGAAUCUGAAGAUGAAAAUACAAAUACCGAAUUAAAUAAUGAAAAUGUUUCAGAAAAUAAAGAUUCUGACGAAAAGCCUAACAUAACAGUAACAGAAGAAGAUAAAACAAUUAAUUUAUCUGAUUCAGAAAAUAAUAACAAGUCAAACGCAGGAUUAGUAAGAGAUGACGAAGAACCUGCCAAGGAAACAACAGCUCCCGUAGAAAAGACAGAAGCUGUUCAGGUAAUUACGGAACCCGCUCCAGUUAGCCCUGUUAUUAAAGAAGACAAUGAAGUGGUAAAUAAAGAUAAUGCUAAUAACGAAAAUGUCUCCGAUUCGAGUGAUAUAAAUAACGAUUCUUCAAUAAAUAACACAAUAAGCGAAUCAAAUCAAAAUCAAACAUCAAUUACUGAUGCUGAUGGAGUAUCUGAAACGACAGUGAGCACAACACAGCAACUCACAUCAUCAACAGCAAGAUCAAGGUUACCUUAUCGUCCAUCUAAAAGAUUAUUCACAUCUACAACAGAAUCUGUUCCCUCCAGCAGUAGAACUUUUAGUCGUAAAUACAAUCCAGGUGCAUAUACAAGUCCAUCAACAGUAGACAGACCAAAUACUUUCAGAAGACCAACCACUAAACGGCCACUCUUUUCACGUCCAUUUACAAGAAGAACUUUCCCUACAGCAAGAACAACUCCAAGGUAUCAAGAAGAAGAAGAGGAAGAAGAAGAAUAUUCGGACGAAGAAAUUUUAGAGGAAGAACCAGAAAAUCCUUUGGUGCUUGUUCCACCAAGCCAGUUGUUUACGAGAAAACCUGACUCUGAAGAAUAUGAAGACAAUGAAGACGAAGAUCUUGCACUAGAAGAUGAGGAAGAGGGUGAGGAAGAAAAUUACGAAGACGAACCAGCACCAGUAAACCGCUUUGUUCCUUCAACUAGGAAACCUUUCUUCAAACCAAGGCUUGUAAAUUCUAAUACAUUUAGAGCUUCUACAUCGACCACCGAGUUACCUAAACCACUAAUUGCAAACCAAAAUAAAACCGGAACGGUAAGCAGGAUUGCUAAUCAACCAAUUGAUCCUACUAAGAAACGCGUACAAAACGUUCCAAUAGGAUACAAUGCACCGAAGCCCAACACGCCAGCACUUAACACAUUGAACAUAACUAAAUCGACUCCAAGUGAAAAGGAAUCUUCACCAACAACAAUAAAAACUACUGUUUCGUCAGAGCCCAAAACUAAUCCCACAACAACUGAUAACGAUGAUUAUUUGACUAUGGACGAAAUUACUACUACAUCAUCUGAUGUAAACAAUAAUAAAAUUGAAAAUGAUUCUACAACAAAUGCCUUAGAAUUUGAAACGGUUACCUCAGAAAUGGAAGUUGAUAACAGUACAGAUGAUUACUUAGAAUAUACAACUAACUAUCCAAGUACCCAAGAAUAUCCUGUUUACACACAAACUGAAGUUGACAUUGAGAAAGCGACUUCUGUAGACACAUUCAUAACGAGUAAACAAGAUACAAACCAAAUUACAACUACUGAAACUUCAUCGGAAACUACCACUAAUAUUCCUCAAGUAUCACCUAUCAUUAAAACGCAAUUUGAUAAACUAUUUUCUAUUAGCAGAGUUGUUGAAGUAUCAUCAAAAUCAGAAAAACAUAGAUUAAAUAAAAACAACGAAACAACACUCAUUGAAGAAGGACAACUUGUAGUAGAAAAGAAACCAACUGUAGACAAAAUUGGUGAAGUUAGUAGAUAUAGUCUUAUAAAAAUAUUCGAAGACGAAAUACCAAUUUAUCUGACAAAACUCAGUCAUGUUUAUCCGGUAGAUAACCCGCCAAAUAAUCCAAUUCGUAUUGAUGAAGCAAGAAAUGCGAGAGCCCUUUUUGACUAUUCAGAUGUACCUAAGGAAAACCUUGUUGCGUCUGAAAGUAUGAACGAAGCUUACCGACAUGUGAACAAAAUAGCGAAAAACGUCAAAGUUGAUGAAGAGAACGCUGGAAAGGGCCACGUCGAGCAUAUAAAGGACGAUAAUUUUUUAAGUUUUAUAAACGAGGACGAUAAGAAAUCAGAUAAGUUUGACGAAGAUCGCUCUUAUUCAAAUUGGCAAUUUAUUCCUGCUGCUUACGAAAACGAACAAAACAGACUCAAUAAGGCUGCCAAAAAUUUUGAUAUAGUUACACCGCGAGCAAUACUUACAGAUCCAUCCACACUAUCUUUGGAGGCACUUUUCAAAACGGAAACUCCCACAAUGGCAAGAAAAAUAAACGAUGCUUAUCAAAAUAAUAAUCAUCCAUUUGUCGUAUAUUCGGCAUCAGUGCCAACGCAAAACGAAGAUGCUAAUAUUGUGAAACUGCAAGUUCUUAAACCAGAAACGGGUCGUAGCAUAGUGACAUUCGCGAAAGGUCAAGAAUUCAAAGGAUCGACUGUAAGCGAGGACGCUACCAUUAAAUACCCAAUAAAUAUUUCAGUAAUAUCUCAAACAACAGAAACUCCUCCAACUUCUACCACUAACCCUUCCUCUAGUACUUCUACAGUAACAUCGACAACAAGCACGACGACUGAAACUCCCACUAGUCCAAUAAUAGAACUUCUAACAACUGUACAAACGACAGUUUCGUCAGAACUAUCUACCGAAUCUGAACCUAUGACGUCACAAACAACGCCCGUCACUGAUGCCCCUACAACCGAAACAAUAACUGAAGAAAUAACGACUGUAAAAAUAUCGCCCCUCGAUGCUAAACGAUCCAAAUACUUCCCACGAAGGCCAAUCAAACCUAUCAGUGCAAACGCGACACGAUACAACCCAGUUCAAAGACCUAUAAAGAAGAACAACGUCACAUUCACAACGACCACAAAAGCUCCAUUUAGCCCGAGCAAAUCGCGUUUCUCGGCGAACAGAGCGCAAAACGUACCAGUAGAUUUAAGGAAAAAGAGUACAACCAAAUCGUCUAGAACUUUCUCGACGGAAUCUCCUAAGCCUACAACUGAAAGACGAGUUUUUAUUAAAGCGAGCAGACCCACGAGGCCCGCGUUUGUCCCGCGGAGAUUAACCACACCCUCUACAAAUGAUGAUAGUUAGUUAUAAUACCUUAUGUACUUAUUUUUAACUGACUGAGUAAUUUAAAUUAGCCUCCAGAUUUAUCGUUGAGUAACGGAUACAAUCUUAAACAUUUAACGAAUGUAGAAGAGUGAUGUUUUGACAAUAUUAACAAAAUGAAAGUUAGCAAGAUUUUCAUAAUCUUGGCUUGUAAUCAGAAAUUGGAAUACAUCUUGUGUAUUGUAAAUAUAGGAUUGGUUUUAAUGUAGUCACGUGGAGAUUAUAGCUUUAACUUAGGUGUUUAGAAAGUUUAUCUUACCAAAAAUAUUGUAUAUUGUUGUGUAAGCCCGUUUUGGUCGGAGACUUUCAAACGUGUAGAUUAAUUAGAAUAAAUGAUAUUUAAUUUUUUUGUGUAAUUUACUAAUAUUUUAAAUUGUUACCAUGUAUAUAGACAGUGAUUCGGGAAUUUUGUAAUAGUUGUAUUGUAACUCGAAAAAAAUUGGAAUAAAUAAUAUUUUAUAAUGA